UUUGAGACAAACUCAAGAAAAUUGAGCUAUUCCAAACAUAUACGACCAAGCAUUUUUUAUCAAAUAUAAAGAAGAACAUGGGGCAGACGCUUUACAAAUGUUACUAAAAGUAAUCAAAGAAGAACAGUUUGAAAAGGACCAAAGUGUAAUCACUUUUGGAGAAUUCGGAUCCAAAUUUUAUAUUAUCUUACAAGGGUCUGUAGCAGUUAGAAUUCCGCUUUUAAUGAAGAAAGAGUACUCUUUCAAGGAAAUGCUUGAAUACUUUGUUGAACAUCAAAACUGGCUAAUUAAAGAUGACAAAUACCAACUUCUGCUGGCCAUAAUCCAAGAUUUUAUUCCUGAAAUAAUAAAAUACAAUGGAAAAGGACAGCUUUGCUUGAAUUUUGAUCUGUGAAGCAAAGUAAUAUCAGGAGAAAUUAUUGUUAACUCUCAGUCAAGAUACAAAAACUUUUUCCCCGAAUUUCACAACUUCAGGAAAUACUCUAAAUUUAUGAGUGAGAGUGGGAAAAUGAAAGUGGAAUUCAACACAAUGUUUCAUGUAGCAACUCUCGAUGCAGGCAAGAGUUUUGGAGAGCUUGCCCUUAUCAACAACGUCAGAAGAAGUGCUACCAUUGUAACUCUUGAGGAUUCUAGCUUUGCAGUUAUUAAGAAGAAAGAUUUCGAUAAAGUCUAUGGAAGAGUCAUUAAAAAGAAAUUUGCAACAAAGGUAGAAUUCUUGAACAAAUUCUUAUUCCUAAGAUAUGUAACAAGGCAAAGGAAAGAAAAACUUUGAUUUUCAUUAAAAAGAGAAACUUUCCAGAUCGGCCAAAAGAUAUGUAUUGAAGGAACUCCUAUCAAAGACUUUUUCUUCAUCGAAAAAGGUGAAUUCGAAGUGACAAAGUACAUAUUUCUUCACAAUAAGACAAACCUCGUAUACUAUGAAUAUCUCAGAUUUUGCUGACAUAAUCGUGAUAAGGUAUUCCUUAAGAAGUUAAUAAAUGACGAUACCAGAAUAUUGUAUUCCCCCAACAAUAAAGAGUUUGAUAUUUUCAAAGUGGUUAGGAAAGGGUUACCAAGAAAAACAAUUAGAGUAUCUUCUCUUGGCACAAAUGAGUGUUUUGGACUUCUUGAAGGAUACACAAAUUGACCAUAUUCAUUAUUCACAAUCACUUGAAAAUCGAGAGAUGCUGUACUCCAUAGAAUCUCAAGAGAUGAAAUGAGUAUUAGGCUUGACGUUAAGGCUAUUCCAACAGUCAGAACCAGUGUUCAGGAUAAACUCCUACUAAUUGCCCAGAGAAUGAGAACUACAACUAAAGAACAUGGGAUAAAUAUACAAUAUGAAUUAUCAGAUUUAGAAUUUAGACAUAUUGAGGUUCCUCCUGAGAAAAAGUAUACCCUUCCUGAGGAAAGUGAAUCAGAUGAUGAUGAAACUCCAACAAAAGAUAACGAAGAUGAUCUCAACAAUCAACGAAACCUAGACAAGUCAUCUCUGUUGUUAGAUUAUUCUUCGCUUAGAAACUCUUUCCAAAAUAAAGGAAAUAAAAAGGUUAUAGUAAACCAGAAGAGUCCGAAGAAAAUAGUAACUGACAAUACAAUACAACAGCACAUAGAACUUAGCAGACAUACAGGCACUCCUAGUUCUUACAGAAGACAGAAAAGGGUAAGAAGGGCUACAUUCUCUUUGCCAAGAAAUAUUCAAGGCAAAGAUACAAACAAUGCAGGAGAACUUUCAAAGUUUAUCAAACACCCUCUGAACAGCCACUGAAAUAAAGAUAAAAGUGUUCAUUUGAGUUCACAAGAUAGUCACAGCGAGAACGAAUCAAAAGAUAGAGUUAAAGAAAUAGACACAGCUGUAAUAGAUAAUACAUUAAAUAAGACCAAACAUCCAGUGGGGACAUUACAAAUUGUCAAAAAUGAGCUGCUUAAAGCAAAAUAAUACUAGAAGAAGUUCUUUUGCUAUUGACAGGAAUUCAUUACAAAACGAGUUUAUAAAAGCUUCAAUUGACUCUCAGGAGAAAUUAAGCUCAUCUUCCCAAUCUUCAUCAGAGGCACAAAAUAAAAGCCAAAAAUUAUAGAUGUAAUCUAUGAUCCUCAGUUUGAUGAGAAGGAUGAAAAAGAGGAACUUAAAGAUAAUGUAUUAUCAUAUAAGAAGAAGAUAGAACAACUUGGUCUAAAUUCACAUCCAAAGCCUUCUCAUUUACCUCAAAAGUCUUCAAAUGAUAAAGAAGUAAAAUACAAGCAUUUGAAGCAAAUGAAUUAUCAAGCUAAACUAGAACAAAAAUCUCUUCCAAAAUUUCUUCAAAGACAGAAAAAGCCUUUAAAGACUAGAUCUCCUCAAAAAGGUGUAAAACUUCCAACCAUUCGAAAUAGAUCCAAGAACUGGAAGGAUCUAUCAAAUUCUAAAAGAGAGAAACCCUAUAAUUUUGGACUAAGCAGAACUCAUGCAUCAAUGCCCAUCAUUAACCCAAAGCUGAAGAAGAUGUAUACCAAAGACACACAGAAUUUGAGAUGCCCAUUAGGAGGAAUUCUCGAUACUUUUGAAGAAGUAAAGUCUUCUAACAUUGGAGCCUUGCCAAAAACUGUGAAAGAUCCUCGAUAUGUCCAGAUAAAGAAAGCUCUAGAUUUGGUGUCGAAAAAGUCCAUGAAUUUUAAACCAAAAGCUAAGCUAUCCAAGUACAGAAAUAGAGUGCAUACUAAUAGAGCAAAGGAAAUCAGACAGUUUAAAAAUUGUACAGCUUCAAGUAAGAACUACAUAAGCUACAACCAAACCCACAAUACUGCCAAGGUGAGUGGUUCCUCUAAGAGUCCUAUGCCUUUAAACGGAAGAAUCCAGUUGGAAGUGAAAACCAGUUUAGCUCACCAUAAUAUGCCAUUGUUCAAAUAAUUGAGUUGAAAUUAACAAAACCAACUAAGGUUCA